AUGGCCAAAACCAUGGCGCUAGCUCCGCGUGUCGAUGCUCGCUUCAUGCGCCUGGACAAGCAGCGGCCCAGCCCCGAGCAGCUACCGACCUGGGCCACAGAUGCCGCUCUGAACCGGUCUCUUGGUGUAUUGCCCUCCCCACGCACUCGCGUUUGUGUACGCGCCGGCGAUCCCCCACUGAACAUCAAUUCCCGGGGUGCCUACAUUAAUGCAAACUUUGUGCGUGGCUUUGACCACGAGCACUGCUAUUACAUUGCAGCCAUGUCCCCCACCGCCACUUCUCUCCUCCAGUUUUGGCUCAUGAUCUGGGAGAACAAGGUUCUCAGCAUCUUGAUGCUCUCCAAGAUUACCGAGCAGAAUCGCGAUCAAUGCGCCGUCUACUGGCCAACCGAGCCUGGCGUCACCGUCAAGCUCCCAAAUGGCAUGCUGGCUACUUGCACCAGCAAGGAGGAAAAACAUCAUGGGUCCAUUCUCCGCCGCAUUACACUCAAAUGGGGCGAGGAGGUGCGCGAUUUGCGUCACUGGCAAUACGUGGAUUGGCCGGAAGAUAGCGCCGUUCCUAUGCAUGGCAGCAGCACCUCCCCGGACGAUCUCAUGCACACACUACGUGCCAUGUGGCAACGGCGACAGGGUUCAAUUGACAGUCAACGGCAGACGCGUGAAGCAGAGGAUGUGGCCGGGUCGCCACGGAUGAGCGUACCCCGCGCCAUGGCCUCCUCCGGCAUCUACAGCAUGGUCUCGCGAACAGCCGAUGUCAUGCUCCUUGCCAAUACUGCCACUCCGAGCCUGGAUCAGGACACAGACAGCAGUACUGAUGAUGACCUCGACCAUUAUGACGCCCUGGGCCAAGCCGUGGUGGUUGACCCUGUGCCACACCUCUCAGACCGCGGAGCUCCCAACCUUCCUACCAAGCAACACCGGCGUCAAGCCUCCACUGACGAUCAGAUCGAUGCUCUCAUCCACAGCAUGACCGGGCUGGAUGCUUCAAGUACAGAUGCUGCUCCCGGCGAGGCCGCACCUCCACUGCCCAGGCGCACAACGGCUGAUGUCAAGAUGGCAGCUGACUUUCAGGCCAUCCUCCAUGACCAGCCGCCUUCGGCCAAAAACAUAGAAAGCGUCUAUGCCGAGGUCUCCGGGCCGUCCGCUCAAGCAGCAGACAGAGAAUCAGCCAUCAAGACUGUUGAUGCGUAUGAAAUGCCCGUGCUUGGCACGCUUGAUGCCUUUCUCCAAGACGUCGAUCAUCACGAAGGUUUGAUUGGCCCUGAACGGCUCAAAGUUGUACGGCAUCCCUUUCUGGUCCAUUGUGCCGAUGGCAUUGAGCGCACCGGCUUGGCCAUCGCGCUGGAUAUCGGCAUGCAAACUCUGAGCCGCACCAAUUCCUGUGAUCCCAUCAAGGUGAUUGAUGAGUUGCGGCAAGACCGACCCGAAUGUAUCUCCCACAGCGUACAAUAUGCCCUCCUUUACAAGGCGAUGUUGAUACAUUGUCAUCGACGCUCACAGCGACCGAUUCCUCCCCCAUUGGAGGACAUGCCCUGGUUUCAUGGUGAGCUGGAGCGCGCGGACGCUGAGGCUGUCAUCAAGCUUUACUGUGAAGAGGAAGGGCGCCAGAUUCCCGGCGCGUUUCUCAUCCGACAGAGCGGACCCGACACCCACUCUUUUGUGCUCUCUUUCUUGGGGGACGACAAGGGCCACAUGAUGCAUCACCGUAUCACGUAUGAUGAAGCUGCGGAUUGCUUUUAUUUGGAUAGUUCUGGAGCGCGCUUUGAUUUGAUACACACGCUGGUUGAUGCGGGCAUCGUGGGCAGUCUUCGUCUCAAGCACCGGCUCACGCAUUCGGUACCGAGUCGCGAGCACCAGGCCAAGCGGAAGCUAUUGAAAACGGCUCGCCUGAGUGAAGCCGACUUUUUGCAGCUGAGCCGACCGGCUGAUCAUGAGAACCACAAAGUGGGCGGUUCAGUCACACUGCGCAUGGCUGGCUGGAUGCAUAAGCGGGGUUCAGGCGGUGGAGCGUUUAGUGGCAAGGGCUGGCGACGGCGCUGGUUUAUUUUACAAGACACCAUUCUCAAGUACUUUAGCCGGCCAUCCGCAUCCACGGCUAACGGCUACAUCAACUUGACGCACGACACCAACGUUCGCGUGCACUCGGACAAAGAAUUCACGAUCGAAACGCCCAAGCGCAUUUUCCACCUUCACUGUUCCGACAACCAGGUACAGCUGCUCAUGAAUCAAACCUGCCCGCAGAGCUUAAACCAGUGGGUGUCCAUAAUCAAUGCGGCCAUUGAUAGCAGUCGAGCCAAUCUCGAGGCCUCGGAUCGCCUCAGCACAAUGGCUCGCCACGGCCGUGCGCGGCUGACGGCAUCCAAUCUGAAGCAGCUCACCAUUAUUCAGGAACGCGAGGAGCACGUCAAGAGUCGCGUGUCAACCAGGCCCCAAUCCUCGGGUAGAGCAGCUAGCAAGGAUCACAUGGAUGGAAAGGCGCACAUGGAUGGGAAAGCACACACGGAUGGGAAGCAUCCAGACCGAGAUGGCUUUGUCAAGCAAGAGUCGCGGCAGUCCAUCAUCACCAUCACGACAGAUGACCAUGACGAGCCAACACCGGUUGUGGCCGAUCAGGAUGCCAUUCAUCAGGUCAUGGUAGAGACCCCACCCAAUGCCACGGCGCUUGGGGCAGUGUGCAAGCUGUUAGCACUCUCGGCGAAUAGCUGUGACCAUGCCCUUACCGCCUUGCUCAAGGUGAGUGUUGCGUUGAGCACUGCUAAGAAAGCAUUUUGA